CCUCAUCCGGGACGCAUCGCUAUCGGAGGUGAACCGUAAGCAGCCAUGAAGAGACGACCGACGACCCCCCAGGAUGAAGACCCCGCCGAGGCCAUCCUACAGCUCCAUCCGCACUCGCCUCCAUCCUCCUCAUCGUCAUCUCACUCUCCUCUAUCGGCCAUGCCAGCCUCCACGUCCGCCCUCCUGGCUCUGGCCUCGCCGGCCACCCGUCGCUCCAUCUCCAUGGGCGACUUCCGGAGGGUGACGGACGCCGCGCUCGCCGCCUCCGAGCCGGCGUCCGCCUCGGCCACGGCGCCGUCCUCCAAGCUGGUGACGCCGAGCUCCAGCAUGGAGUUCGAAGCGGCUCGCCGCCGCCUCUUGGAGGUGGAGGAGCGCCAGCGAGUCGUACGGGAGAUGGAGCGGAGACUGGAGGAGCUCCGAGAGGUGUUCGUGCGCUCCGAGCAGGAGGUGGUGCUGCACGGGGAGCGACUCGCCAGGAUGUCGGGAGCCGCCCAGCAAAGCGAGAUCUACGUGGCCGAGGGCGGCCAGCGCUUGAAGAAGGGACUCAAGUUCAAGAAGCACCGACCUACCAUCGUGUUCUCCUCCAUGCUGGGACUCCGAACGUGCCUGCCUUGGCCCGUGAAGCUCAAGUAGGACAGAAGAUCGUGAACCGCCCUCCACCAUCUGUGUGUAUGUUUGUUUGCUCUCGUAUCCUGAGGCUGGUCCUUCGGGUCUUUGGAGUGCCUGCGCAAAGGAGCUCAGGAGCCAGUCGAUCCAAGUGAUGCUCUCUGCCUCGUUGUCGUGGAAACCUUGCUUCUCUCUUUUUUUCAACAUUGACGAGACUGCGUGGUGCUGCAUGAAUGACUCACGUAGGAUGGCAUUCGCAAUGGCUGAGCGCGCAGUGAACCCCCGUUUAUAAUAUAUUCUAGAGCCACCCGUGACAGGCCGGGGAAAAAAAUUAUAGACUGUAAAAAAAGAAAUUUUUAAAAUAAAUAUUUUACCCUCCCACACACUUUAAACACAUUUAAACUACACGUUUUUAAGUAUUUCUACACAGUAUUAUUCAUAAUAUAAAACGGGAACUACGUUCUGACUCUCUCGCUUGCGCAGUUUUCCAAAUAAGAAGCUUCAAGCUCUAUUUUCCACCACAGUUGACAUUUACCGUAAAACAAGAGCAUUAAACAAUUCAAAUUUCAGCAUCCAAAAUGUUCCAACAAACCAUAUAUGAACCAAAGUCAGUCUAAAUUCAGACUUGCCUGUAUACUGUAAAAACCCUUUAACAAAAAACAAAACAACAACAACAAGAUCGCUUCAAAAUCUGUGAGAUAGUGGGGGGCACGAAAGAUGAACCGCGAUAGCGAUAGCGGGAGAUCACUGUAUAGGAAAAGCUAACUGGAGAUGUGUUUAGAAUAGGACCUGGCAACACACAGUGUGCUUUGAUGUCUCUGUGAUUCAUCACUUUGAAGGAGGUGGAGGAGGAAAAAGCGACACAAGCGCGCGGCGACGCCAACUGCGGCCUCCAGUCUCCACGGCAACCACUGUUUGCUUGCUCGUCGCCACAAAGCUGCACAGAAUGUAUCCGAGCAGACUGCAGCAAGCAACGGACGCUUCGAUUGAAAACAAACACGCUUAUGUACUGUACGUCAAAGGCGACACUUGAGAGGGCAUACACAGUUAAUAUUACUGUAAACGCUUCGAAUGUACACUUAAAAAAAAAAAAAAAAGACAAAAAAAAACCAAAAUGGAAUGUCCACUUAAUAUUUUCAUCAGCCGUCUCCAUAGCAUCAUCGUUUGGGAGUUAAACUUUAAAAUAUCAUGCGGAUAUUUUUCGUUUAAAGUUGACUGGAAGUGGUUGAUAUGAAAAGAGUGUGUUAUGUUAUAUUGCGGGCUCACAUUUACGAGUUGUAUGCUUCACCAAAAAUGUAUCGACACUUACAAGACAGGACAUUAGGUACACUAUCUCAUGAGAUCCAAUGCAAAAGCUGCAUUGGCCCUCUCAUAUUGACAUUAAUUUUUGAUUUGCAAUACAAUAAUAAACACACAUGGUGUCCAUAAAGUCUCACAAAUUAUCAAAUUUACUACACAAUCAAAUGGAUGGACAAAUCUGUGGAAAUUAUUACAAAAUGGUGAGUAGAUAUUGAUUUGUUUAAUUUAAUACACCUGAAUAUUAGACACCAUUAGUUCCACAAAGCACUUCCAGACUGUACUCGAUUUAAAUACUGAUUUCAAUUGUAAAGACACUUUGUGGACACCCUACAUUGUCAGUGAGCACUCCGUUUGGAUCUCGUUAAAAACUGUGCAGGUGUACCUAAUGUUGUGGCCGGCGAGUGUGCACACGAAACUCAGCAGGCACACCAGGGACGUCUAUUGUCGGCAUUCGAAGGUCAAAGCUGAGCAGGCUCUCAGCUCAGCUUUCAUGACAAAUCUAUGCGGGCUGUGUGAGUGCACAAGCGGGAAACUGGACAUUAUUAGUCCAGCAUUAAUAUUUUAGUUGCAUAGUUCACUGCCGUCCUGCUAAGAUAUGUUAGAGUUGAACGUGUCGCCAUUGGUUUUCUGGCCUGAAAGCAAAUGCGAUGCAUGUGAAAUGUGAUGCAAUGACUGAUUAGGAGGGUAUUUUCACAAUUGGUUCUAUUCAGCAGAAUGAUCAGUUCUACGCAUAUGUGAACAGUCAAAUCGGAUUGAAGCAAACCGAUUUGAGAUCGGCUAAGGUCUCAACCCGGUUCUGCUUCAACUCCACAGUGCAGUUCACUCAACACGUGCGCAAAGGUCCGGGUUCAGAAGAAGAACUGGUUCUGAUUUUGAAAGAACUUUCAAUGUGAACUGCUCUUAGUUUGCUUCAAGUCAUCAGAGUGGAAUUCUGUGGGCAAGGUGAACGCAAAGUGGUCCAGGUUUAUUUUGCUUUGUAUUGUCACAGGCCCAAUCAGACCUGGAAUGAAUCUGGAAGAGAACUGGUUCCUCUUUCACAAAUACACGCAAUGUGAACAUUGAAUAUUGAAUAUUGAGGCAAAAAAAGGGUUCCUUUGAUGUCUUGAAGUUGGUAGUGAAUUGAACAAACUUUCAAUUUGGUUUGCCUCAGAGCAGUUUGCCUAACCCAAAUUGGUCCAGGUUCACUUGGCUUUAUAUUACCUCACGACCCAUCAGACCUGAAGGGGAGUUUAUUAGUCAGCAUUCUUUGCGCCAAUGUGAACAGUCCAAAACUGAUUCAGACCACUCUGAAACAAACCAAAUUGGUUUCAAUUGGCCUCUUUCAAAACAACUUUUAACAUAAACACAAAAAGGCUUGAGUCACGUCCCUUACGAGUGUUGAACUUAUUAGUUCAUAUUAUUUGCAUUUAUGUGAAACAGACCAUCUUUCCGUAUCAACUCUUCAAAGGGCUCAAAGGAUUGUGAUACGAGAACACGGUCAAGCAGAGUGUAGACAUACAGUUCUCAUCUUUCACAUCAAUGAUAGCCAUAACGACCUUACGAUUGACUAAGUCUCUAUUAGCAUUCCACUCUGCCAAGGGGGCGUCUCCUUGCCAUUGACUGUAUGUGCUACCAAACAAGCACCGAUGAUGAUUUAUAUUAUUAGCUAAGAGCUAACACAGAUUAGGCCUUAUAUAUGUAUGCAUGGUCCUGUAUGUACAGUCUGUAGAAAUAAUGUUAUACAAACGGCCUAUAUCGCUUGUUUGUCAUAUGCCUUAUGCAAUGUCUGUGCAAUGGCAGUGAGAACACUUCUGACAAAGGAGACAAGGUGAGAAGGGGUCACACAUCCAAAUAGGACACAAGACAACAAUGUUGUUUGUUUCCUCUAGUUUUAGGACUAUGUUUCCCAAAGAACUCUAGAAUGAAUGUACUGUACUGUUUAUUAUUACAGAAAUAUGUGGUUGUUGUUUUUUUUUUUAGAAAAUACAGUAUAUAUGAUUUGGAAUUAUAUUUUAUUUGGACCUCUGCCUGGCGAGAUGCUAUCAUAUUGGACAAACAAAAAAAACCUGCAAAUAAUAAUACAUAAAUGGUAUUUAUUCUGGUUAGUUAAACAACAUAACUAAAUAAAUAAAUCUUUACUUUGACAUUUUAUGUCAACUGUUUUCACACAAUUAUUAUUUCACUUGUCCAUCACACGAUAUAACGGAUUAAUAAAAUAAAAUGCUUAGUUACCCUUGAUUUGUUAUUUUUGUCAAAAGAAAUCAAAUUGUAUAAAAUAGGUUAAUGUAAGUAUAUUAAAAAACAUUACAUAUUUUAAAAGAAAUUAAAUAUGUAAAUAUGUUUUUUUUUUAAUUAAAUAUGUAAAAAUUAGAAUAUAUAAGGAAAUAUAUAUAGGCCUUACACAGACUUUGGCCAUACAAAGGUCCAAAUGUAUUUUUUUUUUUAAAUUAAUAUUGAAUGUACUAUAUUAAUAUUUUGUACUGCUAUAUGUUUGGUACACCUUUAAGUUGUAGUAUAAUAAGCACAGAAUUUCGUUUUCUUUAAGUCACAAUUUGCUGAAGAUGAUUGAAUGUUUUGCUAUCUCAUCUGGGCCUCGUUUGCAUUCAUUUUUUAAUUCACAGCCUUAACGCCACGCUUACUUAAGGGAAUCAACCUUUAUCACUUUUGAAAACAAGCUUUCUACUGCACAGUGCAAAGAAUGAAUGUUGUUAUAUUUUCCGCAUACUUUUUGUAGACUCGUUCCACAUUUAAAGUUGAAUACUCUUGACGAUUUAAGCUCAGCGCUGCAAUGUACAAGACUAAAAGGAUACAUCGUUAGGAUUAAACUGGCUUAAUGAUUAAAAAUGUUACAUAAGAUUUCAAGCUGUUUUUCUGUGAAUUCCUAAUUGUUUGUGGAUUUACUACCAGCUUUUGAUGGAUAUAUUUUUCAAAUGCAUCACUUUGCGUUUGAUUAGCAAUCGUGGGGUGUUGUUUAAUCAUUUUCUUCAUUCGUAGAGGCUCUUUAGGGUUGAAUGCAUUCAAAAUCCAAGUUAGAUUAACAGUGCAUUUUAAUGGGAAAUGACUGGAAAUGCAUUCAAAUUCCAACUUAGCACUCAUUAUUGUAAGGCAGGAUUUGUGAAGUUACAUUAAGAUGUUUUUGCUGUUGCUCACUUGAUGGAAACAUUAAAGACACAACUCAGGGUGCAUGUAAGAGAAAAUUAAUUUUUCCCAUUUUAACUUUCCACGUCACAGAUGGCUUUUAUACAGAGAUGCUAAUAAUAAUACAUUCGAGGCACACUUAAAUAAAUCCAGAGAUUUAUUCAUUCUUGUUUUUCACAGAUAAGUACUGCAUCCUGCGGUGUGCUGCGCAUACAUUAACGCUAUAAAUCCAUACAAGGCUUAGGGAGUGUGCGUAUUGGCUAUGAAGCAGAAACAUUGUUGUUAUUAUACGGGCUAUGUUACAUAAGUGACAGGUUGGAAUGUCAUUGUGCUGGACACUGGGUUGCAGCUGUCAAGAGACAGCCAUGCUUGCAGAGGAGGUUACAGAGGCAUGAUAGUAAUAUUAAAGAGCCAAGCGCAGCUGUCAAAUUGCAUAAACACAUUGGAUUCGAGAGCAUCUGUCUAUGCUUUUUGGAAUAAAGGAGCAAUUGCACAUUGGACUAAAUUUCCUUGAUUAGCAAAAGAGGAUAUUGAGUCCUCGUCGAGUUGUGGGAAGAAGUUUACAUACACUAUAUUAAACAUGGACAUAUUCAUUUUGGGCUAAUCCAAUGGCUACUGUCAGACAAAUCUCUUUGGAAGCCUUUUAAAAGAUGCGACAGCAGCUGUUAAGUUGCAUAAACAUAACGGGGACAAUUUGUAUAUCCUAUUUGGAAUAAAGGAGCAAUAAUACAUUGGCCUAAAUGUCCUUUAUUGACAAACGGUGCAAUUAUAGUCCCACUCUAGUUGUGACCAGAAGUUUACAUGCAUUCAUUAGGGUUAUGAUCAUAUAGGCAUCACUUUCAUUUUAGGCUUUUAAUGAUCUACCUUUUUGAGGGUGGAAUGAUUGUUUAGACAUGGCUCCAAAAGACCCCAACUCCCCUGACACCUCAAACAAAAAAUAAAAUAAAAUGA